AUGCAUGAGAUUGAGCAACAAAUAAGUGGGGUUACAAUUGGAAUGGUUGUUUCCAGAGUUGAGAGUCCGGUCAGUAAAGCGAAUACAAGGAAGGGAAUUAGAGGCGGGAGUCCGGGAUUGGCAAGACGGAAUCAUAGGCGAGAGUCCGGGGUUACGGGAUUUGCCUUCGGCUUUGAGUUCUUCCAUGUCGUUGCCUUUACAGUUGCUGUUAAGACUAUUUCCUGUAAUCUGUGUUGGGAUCCAUCAUCACGUAGCAUGGGGCACAUGCUAGCUACAGUGGUCCUUUGUCAUUAUUUAUUUGUCUUAAAGAGUUUAAGUUUCUUGGAAAUUGAUCUAGGCCAUUUGAAAGUGACCAAUGAAGUUAGUUGGCAUGGACCUGCGGAAGAUCAAGCAUCUAUUCAUCGUGACUAUUUUCUCGGAUUUCCUUUUCACCUGCUGUCUUGCCAUGAAUUUGGGGUUGAUGAAAGCGAAUAG